AUGAGCAGUUCCUGUGUGACACUGGCCGAGGUCCUGUGGGCAAAAGGAAGCCCUUUGGAGGAAGAAGAAAUAUGGGCACUCUUGUACCUGGCCACAGCGCAGCUCCUGGAGGACCUUCACAAAGACCCUGCCAUCUGUGUGAUUUGUCCAUGGUCAGUACUACUGUCUGCUGAAGGAAAUUUGUCCUUCCAAAACCAUGCAUCUCAGAUGGAAGCUGUUCCUUUCAGUGCACCAGAAUUGCUCCACAGACAAAGUAAAAACCAGCGCAUUGGACUAACAAAGAUGUUGGUAUAUUCCUUAGGAAUGACCCUGUAUUGGUCAGCAGACUACCAGGUUCCUCCAAACCAGUUCCUCCAGCUGAGUGACCAACUACACACGCUCUUGCUGACACUAUGUGAAGAUCUGCCACAUAAAAGACUUUCUCCUGAAUCAAUUCUGGAAGCAUGUGAGGCACAUCAGAAGGAAUCUGCUUCCUUACCAGCAAAUGUCUACAUAAAGAAAAUGGUCCAGUUUGCUGUGGGAAGUGUCAGUGAGGUAGAGCGGGUAGUCACCGAAGACAGCACAGCCUCUCAGCUUAACAGAAGUCAUGUGAUAAGGAAAAGACUGCAUGAGAAAAUAUUGGACACCUCACCACUGCCCUCCCAGAUGAAUUUCCACCAAGACAAAGGGUCCAGAUUAAUGAAUUAUAGUCGGUCAACAGAAGAUUACAGACAAGUCUCUGUGGACUACAGUGACUCUAAUAGCAUUUCUGAAAGUACAUCUUUGAUACUGUCUAACCGAGGACACAUGAGAGUUGGGUCACAAAAAUCCAGAAAUAACUGUAUCACAGAAAACUCCACAAUGCUUCUGUCCAUGGAGCUUUCUGUUGUGGAAGUAGAAUGGACAGGUUUCAGGCUGUUUUCAGGUCCAGAAUUUAUUAUUUUGUCUAGUGAACCACCAGUGACCUUACAGCUGCCUGGAUCAAUUGUGACUAAAAAGGGGAAAUCCUAUUUGUCCCAAAGGGAUCUCAAUGUGAUUCUACUGAACGGGCAGUGCCUUGAGGUGCAAUGUGACAUCAAGUCCAAGGCAAGAGAUGUUUUCAACACUGUGGUGGCAUAUGCAAACUUGGUGGAACAUUUCUACUUUGGUUUGGCUUACUUAAAAGGUAAAGAAUUCUUCUUUUUGGAUGAGGAGACCAAACUCUACAAAGUGGCCCCAGAUGGCUGGAACGACCAACCCAAGAAGAAAACCUCCAUAUUAAUUUAGAUAAAAUUCUUUGUCAACCACUUUAAUGUUAUCCAGCAUGGCUUGACACGGCAUCAGUUUUACCUGCAGCUUCGUAAAGAUAUUUUGGAGGAGCGAUUAUAUUGCAAUGAUGAGACUGCCCUGAAACUCGGCGCUUUGGCUUUACAGGCAGAGCUUGGCAAUUAUGCUUCUGAGAUGCAUGGAAAGAGCUAUUUUCGCAUUGAAGACUAUAUUCCAGCAAGCCGAAUAGAGAAAAUGACCCUGCCAUAUGUACAGAGAGAGCUUGCUAAAUUACAUCGUAUGAAUCAUUCCCUAUUUGAGGAUGAAGCUGAACUAGAAUUUUUAAAGGUGACUCAGCAACUUCCUGAAUAUGGAGUGUUAUUCUAUCAUGUGUCCCAAGAGAAGAAAGGAGCAGGAGGGGACAUCAUCCUGGGAAUCUGUGCCAAAGGCAUCAUUGUGUAUGAGGUCAAAAAUCACACAAGAAUUGCCAGUUUAAGAUUCCAGUGGCGUGAAACAGAGAGAAUUUCAGCUCAUAGAAAAAAAUUCAUGAUUGAAAGCAGCUUCAGUGGCAAAAAACACACCUUCAUUACCGAUACAGCAAAGACAUGUAAAUAUCUACUGGACCUCUGCUCUGCCCAGCACAAAUUCAAUGCACAGAUGAAUUCUAGGCAACUUCGGCAAACUUCAUCAGAGGAAAGUAAAUUCAUGGAAAUAGACAAAUCAAAUUCUGCAUAUGCAGCUCAGCAUGAACACCUUGCACUGAUUCAGAGACUGUCUCGUUCAGAGAAUGUGCUCUAUGGAGCAAACUUGGAAAAUCUUUCUGCUGGGAUGAUGAGCAAAUCUUGUGAUAACCUCAGUGUGGAAAUCAACAACAGGACUAGAGACAAAAGCAAUCUUGGCAGAUCCACAUCAGGGCUAUCCCAGUCAGAAAUGCACAUCAAUUUGAAUGGAAAUCGAAGGAGUUAUGACUACCUCUCUAUCCAUUCAACUCAGAACACAAUCAGUGCACCUGGAUCACCAGCCAUCCAAAAGGAAGUUUUGCUAAGUGGUCUAGAAAGAGAAAUAAUUUGUGCCAGCCUAAAACGUGACCCUAAGAAUGGAUUUGGUUUUGUAAUUAUUGGAGGAGAAAAUGUAGGAAAAUUAGACCUUGGUAUCUUUAUUGCUUCAAUUAUCCCUGGGGGACCUGCAGACAGAGCUGGAAAUAUCAAACCAGGAGGACGACUCAUCUCUGUGAAUAACAUUAGUCUUGAGGGCGUUUCAUUUAAUACUGCAGUUAAAAUCAUACAGAAUUCUCCCGAUGAAGUGGAGCUCAUCAUCUCUCAACCUAAAGACAUGUAUGAAGAAGGAUUAAAUGAAGAAAAGAAUCUAUCAAGAGGAAACAGCACUAGUGGAUCUGAGAUCUCUUGUGUAGACAGUGGGAGAAAAAAGAUUCAGGAUUGUCAUACAGUUAUCCCCAAAGAACAGGUCAUAAAUCUAGAUGAACUUGAGAAGGCUCUUUCCUGGAGUUUAGCAGCAAAAUUGGGCCCUAAGAUUCCAGUUCCUUCAGCUGAUAGCCUGGAUGUGGAGGAAGCUGAUUCUUCACUCUUACCACCUCCAUCUGAAACCAACUCAAAGGAAAUCUAUACUGUGGAGCUUGUUAAAGAAGAUGGGACUUUUGGAAUCAGUGUGACUGGUGGAAUUAACACCAGUGUGCGUCAUGGUGGGAUAUAUGUGAAGUCAAUUAUUCCCAGGGGACCAGCAGAUAAGGACGGACAAAUAAAGAUAGGUGAUCGUCUGCUGGAAGUAGAUGGCAUCAGCCUCUGUGGCAUCACCCACAAACAGGCUGUGGAACACCUUAAGAAAUCUGGCCAGAUUGCCAAGCUGGUUCUAGAAAGGGGAAACUACCAAUUGGGAGAGCCAUGCCUGACUGCUGAUGACAGAAAGGAGGACCAAUGUGCAGUUGUUUCUGUGGCAACAUCCUACACAGAUGGUACCAAGGACUACUGCUUUUUGACAGAUGAUAAUACAUUUGAAGUCAAAUUGACAAAGAAUUCUGGAGGCCUCGGUUUUAGUGUUCUGCAAAUGGAAGGAGAUGCUUGUGAACACCUUGGAGGAGCUAUUGUCAGGAUCAAAAGAUUGUUUCCAGGGCAGCCAGCUGAAGAGAAUGGCAAAAUUGAAGUCGGAGACAUCAUUUUAGCUGUGAAUGGGAAACCUAUUCAAGGACUCUUGUAUCAGGAUGUCCUGCACAUAUUGAGAGGAGCUCCUCCAGAAGUCACACUACUACUUUGCAGGCCACCAAAAGGUGUUCUUCCAGAAAUAGAACAGAGUGCGCUGACUCCAGCACCAUCUCCAAUUAAGGAGUUUGUGGCAGAAAUGCCAGACAGUACAGAGGUAGAAAACAGUAUGGAUCAGUCUACCAGUGAUGGAGGUAGCAUGUCUCCAGACCUCGAAGAGUGCCUGGAUUCUCCAGUGGCAGCAGAUUUCAGUGAGCCUCCUGAAGAGGACAGCUCAACUUAUGACGAGCAGGAAAUUGAGUUUCAAGAGAAGGCCAUACAGAAACUUAUGACUCCCAGGGAAAGUUUGUAUAAGCAUCUUUGGAAGUUUCAUCAAGAAGCUGCCAGUUCUGAAGUCUUUCACUCCCUAGAGGAAGAAAUGAAGCAGAAUUGCUACUCACCAUGUGAACUUGGAUGGGCCAAAAGGUAG